UUAAACUUCUGAAGUCGCGCAACAUUCCCUUUAUCCGGUCCACCUUUGUUGUACGAUAUUUAUAUUUUUUCUUCUGAACAUGUGAAAUAUAUAAAUAAUUCCGGAUCGAUCCGCAGAGUCUGAUCGGAAGAGUUUUUUUUCUCCAGAGAUUCGUUUUUUUACAAAUCCAUCCGGAGCCUCGAUGGAGGCGCGCUAACGAUAGCGAGCUAGCUAACGUUAACGUUACAGGAGCUAACUUUAGCUAGCAGCUAGCUGUGUGUUUUUAUUUCUAUUUAAAAAAAAAAACACGUUCAAAGAAAAUACAAGCUAAUUUAACGCAUUCGCCGAGAUGACGUCAGCUUCCGCAAAGGUGGGCGAGAUUUUCUCAGCAGCGGGCACCGCCUUCACGAAGCUGGGAGAGUUGACCAUGCAGCUGCACCCGGUGUCUGACUCCAGUCCUGCAGGGGCCAAAUGGACGGAGACGGAGAUCGAGAUGCUGCGUCUGGCGGUGCGUCGGUUUGGAGACGACCUCAACAACAUCAGCACCGUGAUCAAAGAGCGCACUGUAGCGCAGAUAAAGAGCACCGUCAAGAGGAAGUUGUACGAGGACAGCAGAGUCCCCAUUUCCUCCGAGUCCCCGAAGAAGACCGUCAAGAAAACAGCCGCCGCCAUGACGCCGGCUCCGACACCCGCUGCUCCCGCCAUGAUCGCCGUGCCGACCUCGCAGGUUGUCGUGGCGACAGGAAUGCAGAGUAGCCCCUCUCUGGCCCCGCCCAUCAAGAAACAGAAGACGGCAGACGUGACUCUCAGCGCUCUGAACGACUCGGACGUGAACAGUGACCUGGUCGACAUCGAAGGACUCGGUGACAGCUCGUCCAACAAGAAACUCAACUUCGACCAAGAGAGCCUGAACCUGGACUCCAGCCUCAUCAUGAACUCCAGUGACCUCCCCCUCCUGUCCCGCUGACCUCUGACCUCUCAGCUCUCCUGUUACCUGAUGCUCACCUGUCCACAUCUGCAGCGUUUAUCCUUCAGUUUAACAGAAACACAGAGACGUUUGUUAAAAAGUGACCACAGUUCAAAGAGUUGAAUCAGACGUUUGUUUUUGUGACAGAAUUAUGUUUCCAUCAGUUUCAGGUUAGAAAUCAGACAACGUUGGGUUUUUUUUUAUCAUGAAGAGUGACGUGGAGGUGACCUCAGAGUGUGAAGUCAUGAUGGCGUCGGGGGGGAAAUGAGUUGAUUCAUCACUUUGUGCUCUCAGAACUUAUUUUACCCUCAAACUAAUAAUUUAAUCUCCCCAGAUGUUCAGUGCACGGAGCUCUGGUGCGGUCAGCUGUACAGAGACAGAUUUGUGUCAAUAUUAUCAAGUCCGUGUGUUACAGUCUGUGAACAUAAAACAAUUUCCAUAAAUACAACAAAUUAUUUUAGAUUCACAAAAAUAUUUUGCAGAUAUAAAACGCAGAUAUCUGUGAAUACAUUGAAUUGAUUUACAAAUAUGUGAAAAACAUGUACAACUUUAGAACAGAAAAGCCAGUUUGUUUGUUUUUUAUUACAGAUGUGCAGAAGUGUCGGGCCAGGAAAAGAAAACAACUUAAUAACCAUCAAAGUUUCUUGUUAUAUUGCGUAAAAAUGUGAAAAAUAUCUUGUUAUAAUGAGAAACUUUCUGUCUCUCUCAGUGACACACGUGGAGUUUUUAUUUUAUUUUAUGAAUUUGUUUAUUUUUAUUACAGAAUACUUUUGUGAGUUUAGAAAUACUUGUUGUAUUUGUGGAAGGUGUUUUGUUUUUACAGAGUCACACACAGACUGUUCACACAAAUGAUCUUUGACCCAAAUCCGAGGAGAUGUUCUGAAGAUAUUUCCUGAAUCAUCAAAGACUAAAAAAAUAAUCUCACUGCUGCACGACCUGAUGCUUUUUGUUUCAUUAACUCGGCCGGUCAGAUGCAGCUCUGCUUUUGCUCCAGGAAGCAGUUUUUGUUUAAUACGGUUUAUUUAUUUUAGUUUUAUGUAAAAUCACAAAGUGUCUCAGUGUGAAAGACAAUUACAGAAAAAACAAAAACAAUAUAAAAUGUCUAAAACAAAAACACACUACUGAGAUAUUCUAAGUUUGAUAAUAUUUUAUAAGAACAUUUAUUAAAGAAAAAAUCACUGGAAAAAACAAGAACAAGAAGAUCAGUCGCUGCUGACUGACGUCGUCGACAGGAAAAACAACCUGGUUAAAAAUGUUUUUUUUAUUGAUCAGGUACAAAUGAUUUUUUUCCUCCAGAUGUUUAAAAGAAUAUUUGAAGGAUUCUGGAAAUAUCUUCAGAAGCAUUAAAACAUCAGCAGGUGUCGUCACAUGACCGAAAUUUCCAACUUUAAAUCAACACCAUGAAAAAUAUCCAUAUUUAAAACAUGAGAGUUCAUCAGUGUGACAUGUCUACAGUACAGUAACUGUCUCAAAGUAUUGUUCUUUCAUGGUAUGAAGAAAUACAGUACUACACAGUUAUUAUUAUUAUCAUUGUUAUUAUCAUCAGUUCCGUUACCGUAGAUCAGUAAAUACACACAGUCAGAUAAACAUCGUCACACACAGCCCUGCAGAAUGUUUCUGAUACCGCAGAGAGAAAAUUAAAAUUUAAGAAUGUAAAACAGUUGUUGAGGGGAAACACUCCGGGUGAAUCUGGUAAAGGUUUUAACUAAUAAAUGUAACCAUGACACUCCCCUCAGCUUUGUACUUACGACAGGACUAUUGUUUUUUAUACAACAUGUGUUCUGAAAUAUUAUGUUUAAUUUAGCAAAUGAGCAAUUAUGUAAUUAAAUACGUGUUGAUUUUUAUACAUUUCUAGAACACAAAUCAAAAACAUGUUCCAAAGUCUUGUUUCAUUUUAGUUUCAUAUUAGAGUCAAAGGUUUUUAUAGAGGGGCCUCUGGAUCUCUCUGGACACCUCUCCACAAAUCAGAAAACACUCUAACAGCCGUUAAAAAAAUCUAUUUUCACCAUGUUUUUAGGGAAUAAAAAUUUGUAAAAACCAGGCUGUGAAUAAUAUUUCUGAACAAGUCCUCUGUAAAAACCUUCAGAAUACAGACAGGAACCAAACUGGAAAGUUUUGUGGAUGUUAGAGCUGCUGAAGUGCAGAUUUAUGACUUGGAGGAAAAAAAAUCUGAGAAAACAAACUUUAAAAAUAUGAAUUGUAAAAUUACAAACUGUUUAAGACCAAAGAUGAGAUGCUAGGGUCAAAAGGUAAAACUAUGAGAUUUCACCAUGAAACUUCACCCGUUGAUUAUGUACACUUAGAUAAUUAUUUUUUGUGUUUCAAGUUUUUUGACAUUGUUUGCUUAAAUAUGAAGAUGAGGUGUAAGCUAAAUAAAUAUGUGCUUUUUGCAGAAAUAGUCCAGAGUCUCAAAAUUGACUCGUGCAUUUUCACCUGGAGUGUUUCACCUUAAAAGACAAAUAUAACAUGACUGUAACACAUUGAUGAUGAUGAUGAUGAUGAUGAUGAUGGUGACUUUUCAUGGUCAGUGGCAGAGAACAGCAGGAUGACUGUAGGAGACAUUGACACUAACAGCUCGUACUGCUGUAUUUAUAGAGUUAGGAAAAUGAGAUUGAAGCCAUUUUAAAUAUUCAGAAUCGGCUGGUAUUAGUAAAUUAAUUAUUUUGGCAACAACACUUGGUGCUGUGACUCAAAUGUAACGGUGGUGAACAUCUGAUAUCUGUAACCUGGAAGUUCUCUCUAAACUUCUGCAGCAAAACGAUCAGUUUCUGAAAAAUAAAUCCGUCUAACAAAAAGACACUUUAGAUAUUUCAGCCCCGCAUCAAAGUGUACUCAGUGAAUUAAUUGAAGGAUUUAAAAUACUGAACUGAGGGAACAAAAUAAGUUCACUGAACAAACGAACAUGAGACUUUGUCAACAGAUUUCCCCCCAGAGGCCAAACAGGAAUUUAAAUGUCUGAAUGAUGAUGUUCAUUUUGAAUCUCAGCGUGUUGAUCUGUUGUUAAAUAACUGUCUGACUUCUGAUGUCAGUCUUUUCAAAAUGUCCUCAAACAACUGCUUGUGUAGGUUUUAUCAAAGAAAAAAGAGGAAACUUUUUUGGGACUAUUUUCAGCCGCGGAUGAAUCCACAUUGAUGAGAAGAACUGUAGAAAACAUGUUCUGAUAGUUGUGAUCAUGACAGUAGCUGCGGCUCUUUGACUUGUAAAAACACCGUUUUGAUUAUGUUGAGUAAAAAAUAAAAAAAAAAAAA